AAGGCGAUCUUUUCGAGCUCUUCUCUCGCACAUCCUAUGACUGAGCACUCUUCCAGGCCAUACGGACCACUUCCUGUCUUUCACGUAAGACUUCGCGGACACGGAACACUACCAGUCCCAAGUCGCACUCGCACAUUGCAGACCGUCGCUACUCUUCACACAUGGCGACCAUCAUACCGAUUGAGGUCAUCGAGCAUGUCCUCGACUUCCUCCACGACGACACGACGACGCUAUACCGCUGCGCCUUGACCCAUCCGUCGUGGUACCCUCACGCACACUCCCUCCUCUACUCUCGCGUCGAGAUUCGGAACCGCAAAUCGUACGACACCAUUAGGAUUCGUGGAUCCCGGGAGGCGUCCUUCCGAUCGCUCUUUGAGCACACCACGGAGCUCGUACUCGUGAACGAUCCCGAGUCUCAGUACACGCACGAAACUCCCCUCACAAUCGGUGGCCUAUUCCCCGCGCUUCGCACCAUCACCUUCAUCCACAGCCUCCGGUGGCUCACGCCCGGUUGGAUGAUAGUACCGAUCGUCUUUGCCUCCGUUGAGAAGCUCGUUUUACGGUGCUGCGAUUUCCGGACGUUCACCGACCUUCAACACACGAUCACAGCAUUUCCUCGGCUUCGCGAUCUUCGUCUGCAUUUCCCUCUGUGCUCUCUUCGGCACAAGGAGCUCCCCAACGCAGAGCAGGCUCUCCGGAGAAAUAAAUUGCUGAGGUUGAAUCGGCUCCAUCUCGUCGAUUUCACCGGUACGCGCAGAGACGUCGCUCUGCUGCUCCUGCUGCUGGAUUGGAUCGCAUACACACCGUGUGUACUGGAGGGCACUAUCACAGCGCUCGUCAUACGGCCUGCUCUCACCUGGGUUCCCGACCUCUUGGGCGAUGAACGCGUUGCGAAAGCCUUGCAGACGCUACUUUGUCAAUUGGGGCCUUCCCUCAUAGAGCUAGAGCUACCGGGUCCACGUCGUCAUGAUGCGCCGAGUACGUAUGAUUUCACUCGGAUAGUUCCUGCAAGUAUGUCAUACCUCCAUAUGCUCAUCGCGUCUUCUGUUUUAGGCUACAGCCCAGACUUGUCUAUCUUCAGUUCUUGAUACUGUUGCAUCUCGCCGCAUCUGUCGACUGUCAAUCGCGGUCGAGAUCAACGUAGAAGACAGCUCACUGACUCACCCAGCGAGUCUAUCCGUCAC